CAGCUGUCGGCCAGCUCGUCACUUUCAAUGUAAACGUCUUACUGUGCGCCUGUUGUCAGCACAGAUAUUGAUAUUCACACGGACUCUUUGAUCUUCUGUUAUCCUCACGAAUUGAUCUCGCACUCUUGCUAACAAAGAAUUUCAUUGGAUCUUUCAAUUGAAUAUUAAGACGUGGAGUUGCUACGAACCGAUCACAGUGAGUGUCUAUCAUGAAUAGCGAACUACAAGUGGCUGUACAGUUUGUCUGCUCGUAUCUGUACAACAAAUUACCGCGACGACGCAUUGAUGGUUUUGGAUUCGAACUUGAAAAGGCACUUGACCAAAAAUUCCAAGGGCACUGGUACCCAUCGAGACCGACAAAAGGGUCUGCUUAUCGAUGUCUGAAAUUCCAAUCCUCCCGACUGGAUCCAGCGGUUGAUAUUGCCAGCAGAAAAAGUGGACUUAAAGUUGAGGAGAUACUUGCUAAUCUACCAAAUGAUUUGAUGGUAUGGAUUGACCCCCGUGAGGUCUCUUAUAGAAUUGGAGAGAAAGGCUCCACGCAAAUUCUCUACAGUGAUCAUCACCCCGAUGAAGGCAUUGACAACGCGGCAGCAGACAAUGAAGUUGCUAGCCACGCCGAUUCCUCCCGCUUUGCUUUCAAUCCAGAUGCAGCAACUUUUAAACCGAUUGAUUCGCUUGCAUCAUCAAUGAAUAAUCUUUCUUUAGGAUUGUCGCCUGUGUCGUCUACAUUAUCUCCUGUUUCACCAACUUCAAGCUUCGGAACAUCUCCUUCUCCAACGACCAUGCUGCUCAGUCGACCUAAUACUAGUCCAACGUCAGAUUACAUAAGGGCGCCUCAGAAAUCGCAGCAUCUCUUCACUGCCGCAAUGUUUGCACAAACCAAAUUUGGCUCAACUAAACUGAAGAAUUCCGGCAAGCGAAGCAACUUUCCUCCGCGUCAAUCCCCCACCGAAGUUGGCGCGUAUUUCAAACAACGCAAUGGCUUGAACAAUGGCACUGCCUAUCCAAGAGUUCCCAAUAACUUUACUUCACAACGGGAUUGGCUUCCACCUAUGCCAAGACACGAUAACACAUACAACUGCUGGGCAGAUCCAUUUUUUCCAAGAGUUGAAGAAAUUCCAAGUUAUGGUUAUGAAACCAGACCGAUUGCGCCUUCUGUGAAACCGAACCGCGUAUUUUACGAUGCUAUGAACUUUCAGGGAUCAUUCAACGGUCGCUAUGGGCAGCACCCUCUAGUUGCCGCAAAUUGAUAAUUAUCUACUUAGCGUAUUGGCAAUUGAAAGUAUCAAGAUUACUUUGGUAGUUAUCAUAAUUGUCACAACAACUUGUCUCUUCUGAUGAUAUCUUAGACCAUACAGCGAAAAAAGAUAUAUGAUAAAUAUACACAAACGUUAAGUAUUUUCGAUCCAUUUUGUUUCGUAUGGAAAUAGGUUUCUUGUCUAUUUGUAUUUUUCGAUAUUUUUUUAUCAUAUUCAUAUAUAAUGAUUGUAAUAUUUUGAUUACUGAAUUUAGGGAUUUGUGUAGAAUUUAAAAACGACAAAGAAAUUUCUUAUUUCUUUGAAUAUUUUCGGGUAAGUGGUAAAGUAUACUUUUCUAUUGAUAAAAUAAGAUUUUAAAAAGAGUACGUGAGAGUGUGAGGUACAGUGACAAUAAUCGUUGCUCAAAUCAGAAAUUUUAUAUAAUUUUUUUUAAGAAAUGGAAAAAAAGUAGGAAUUGAUAAUAAUAGAACAAUAGUUUGAUUAUAUUUUAAGUUUUCUAGAUUCGUCCGACAAUUUACCAGUUUGUAACUAAACAGAUACGUUUACAAACUUCUUUUUAACACAACAGCUGGUAAGAAUUGUGUCCCAGUUGUCUUCCGUAUGACAUUAAACAAAUAAUGUAUAAUACCAUGAUUCAUCAACAAUAUAAUAGCUGCAGUAUGUCUGCGGUGUAAUCCAUAUCUACCAACAUUGCUGCCUGAGCAUUGUGGUUUAAGUUUGAAAUUAGUGUACAAUCUAACUGGAUUGAUCGGUCUUACUGCCAGUCUAACAAACUCAUAUAUUGGAGAAUAAAUUGUUUCUCUCUGACAGGGAUCACCUAUUACAAGAACUGCUUCAAACUAUUCCAAUCAUAAAAUCCUAGUUAAUGUAAGUAUUGACAAUAGAGGGCGCAAUCAAUAAAUUGUUAUGCCAUAAACCAUCUAUUAUUCAAAUGAGCAUAACAACAGAGUAAAAAAUUUGUACGGUCAUGAUAUAUCGAAGCUCAAAGUAUUAUACAAUAAUACAUUCAUAUCUAUUUCCAACGAGUAUACUAACCAUUUCUAAAAUAUCUAAUGCAUAACCAAACGUAACAUUGGAAAUUAUAUUCAUACUUUUGUCAUUUGUUUUAUAGAUUUCCUAAAAUGUUGCACUAUUUUCUAUAAAAGUAUUAUCGUUGAUAUACAGUAUACCGACGUUUAACGUCAGCGGAUUGAUCUAAAAGCGUGCACAGUUAAUCUUUAUCCCUUGUAAGUAAAAUAAGAGGAAAGUGACUAAUAACUACAAAGUGCUGGUCAGAGACGAAGGAAAACUACUGUAAAUCAUGAAUUCCUAAUCAGAGGAAUGUAUUUAAACUGUGUCGUAAUUGUGUUUUAUAGAAGGUUGCCCAGUGGCAAAAUGUACUUACUCGUUUGUCAGUAACACUGAUUCAGUUCUAAACUGCUUUUGUCUCUUGAUUUGUAAGAGCUGAUGACUAUUUCAAUUAUGCAACAACGGCAAACACCUAUUCUGGGAAAACACAUGCGGUAGUGUAACAUGAAAACCUACUGAGAAUCAUACUUGAAUGUGGGUUGCUUAGAAUUUUAGGGAUUUGGACAAUCAGCAUCGACUGAAAAUAUAAUCUAUUCAUAUUAUUGGUAUACAGUACCAAUCAAUGCAGGUUUUUUCAUCAGCGUUAUAUAGUAAACCUUGUAGUUUCUGUUAUAUUUUUAUAUUGAUUAAAGUAUAAUUUGUAUGGCAGAUUGUUAAUCUUAAACUUUCGAAUGUUCAUUAAAACUGGUGGUUAAAUCCUCGGUUUCAUUGGGACUUUACAUUUCCACAAUGAAUACUUAGAUGAACAUAAACAUUUUUCAAUAAUUAUUGUUACUGUAUUCAAAUAUCGAUUCCAUAAUUUUCUAAGUUACAACAAUUGUGCAAUAACUGUAUUUGUGUACAGUUAUAUUAUAGGCUAGCUGGUGCAGAAUUGAGAAAAGUAAUGUUUAUAUUUGCAAGAAUGAUAUUAACACUAUUUUGAAGUUUGUAUUAAAAUUGUACACUUAUUCUUGGAAGAAAA